AUGAAGUUUACCGUGCUUUGCUCGAUCUUAUCGUGCAUUACUUGCGCAUAUGCCGCUGUGGCUUCGGAUCCAGCCCAGGAAACGGAGGAUCCAGCACUGUCUGUCGUUAUAUCAGCCAUCGACAACAGCCGAGUAACCAUCUCCGUUACAAAUGUUGGGUCUCGGGGACUCAACCUGCUUGAGGAAGGGACAUUUCUGGACCCAAUGCCAGUGCAGAAGGUCUCGAUGUUUGGACCAGGAGGUGCAAAGAUAUCGUUUACGGGUAUCGAGAAGCGGGUAAUGCUGGGAAAUCUCGAACCCGAUGCAUUCACUGCGAUCGAGGCCGGACAGACGCUUGAGUUCGAACUGGAUGUUGCAUCGGUCCACGACAUUCGGAGGUCUGGGGAAUAUCGAGUUUCCACCUCAGGCGCCAUUCCGUAUGCAGAGCUUGGCUCAACAGAAUUAACAGGAGAAUCCGUCCAUUAUAGAUCCAACGAAAUAGUCAUGGAGAUAAAUUGGCAGCUCGCGCGACGAGUCAAGCGUGCCAUUCCGUUGAUGACAGCGGAGGAACAGACGCUCCAUAAACGGACGAGAUUGAAUACCGACUGCACUGGCAGCAGGAAGACGUCGACCCUGAAUGCUCUGAAACUGUGCGCUCAGUAUUCUGAGUUAUCCGCCACCGCUGCCCAAUCAGGCGACGCAGCCAAGUUCGAAGAGUACUUCAAAACUUCAGAUGCCAGCACGCGCUCCACUGUUGCAGCUCGUUUUCAAGCCGUUGCCAAAGAAUGCAACUCGACCACAACCGGCGGCACUACGUACCGCUGUAGAGACCGAUACUUCGCGUGCCGCCUUAGCACGCUCGCAUACACUGUCCCGUCACAGAAUGUGGUUGUCAAUUGCCCAAUGUACUUUAGUUAUUUGCCCUUGGAGUCUAAGCAAUGCCACGGACAAGAUCAGUGGUCGACGACGUUGCAUGAGUUCACGCAUGCGCCGGCGGUCGUUAAGCCUGGAACGAACGACAAUGGGUAUGGGUAUUCGGCACAGAAGAGGUUAAGUGCGCGUUCUGCGUUGGACAAUGCCGACUCGUAUGCUCUGUAUGCAAAUGCGUUGGUGUUGAAGUGUUAG